CUCCCCCGCCCCACUCACCCCCGCCAUGUUCCGGCUCGUGUCUGGCGUCCGCCCUACCUUCAAGGGCAUUUCGCCCUUCUCGUCGGCCCUGCGCCACUCGUCCCUCGGCGCCGCCCGCUACUUUGCCUCCGUGUCCGAGGAUGACCUGGCCAAGGCUCGUGCCAAGCCCCUCUUCAACACCAUCCUCAUCGCCAACCGUGGUGAGAUCGCCUGCCGUGUGAUCCGCUCUGCCCGGCGUCUGGGCAUCCGCACCGUUGCCGUCUACAGUGAUGCCGACCGGAACUCCCUCCACACCCGUCUCGCCGACGAGGCCUACCACAUCGGCCCUUCCCCCUCGGCCGACUCGUACCUCCGGUCGGAUCGCAUUCUCGAGGUGGCCGCCAAGACCGGCGCCCAGGCCAUCCACCCUGGCUAUGGCUUCCUUUCGGAGAACGCCGCCUUCGCGGAGCUCUGCAGCAGCCGCGGCAUCACCUUCAUUGGCCCGCCGCCGCAGGCCAUCCGCGACAUGGGGUCCAAGUCGGCCUCCAAGCGCAUCAUGUCCGAGGCCGGGGUCCCCGUGGUCCCGGGCUACCAUGGCGACAACCAGGACGAUGCCCACCUGGCGGCCGAGGCCGAGGCCAUCGGCUUCCCGGUCCUCAUUAAGGCUGUCAUGGGUGGCGGUGGCAAGGGCAUGCGCAUUGUCGAGCGUGCUGAGGACUUCCCCGAGGCCCUGGAGUCGGCUCGUCGUGAGUCCCGCAACUCCUUCGCCGAUGAUCGCGUCCUGGUGGAGAAGUAUCUGCAGCGGCCACGCCACGUCGAGGUCCAGGUCUUCGGCGACACCCUCGGCAAUGUGGUGCACCUGCACGAGCGCGACUGCUCGGUGCAGCGCCGCCACCAGAAGGUCAUCGAGGAGGCCCCUGCUCCCAACCUGUCGGCUGAGGUCCGUGCCGAGCUUGGUCGCCAGGCGGUGGCCGCUGCCCGCGCGGUCGGCUACGUCGGCGCCGGUACCGUGGAGUUCAUCAUGGACGCCGACCGCCCGGAGAACUUCUACUUCAUGGAGAUGAACACUCGUCUGCAGGUGGAGCACCCGGUGACUGAGCUGGUCACUGGCGCCGACCUGGUCGCCUGGCAGCUGGAGAUCGCCUCCGGCCGGCCUCUGUCCCGGUCCCAGAGCGAGAUCCCCUGCCGCGGCCACUCCUUCGAGGCGCGCAUCUAUGCCGAGAACCCCGAGAACAACUUCAUGCCCGACACCGGCCGCCUGGUUCACCUGUCAACCCCGGUGCCCAACUGCGAUGCCUCCCUGGGUCUCGGCUCGCUCAACCGCUUCCCGGCCAUUGAGACUGAUGGCCAGCCGAAGGCCGGCCUGGAGCUGACCGACGGCUUCGACAUGGCGCCACUGACCCGUGUGGAGUCCGGUGUGCGUGCCGGCGACGAGGUGUCCGUUUUCUACGAUCCCAUGAUUGCCAAGCUGGUCGUUUGGGAUACCGAUCGUGAGGCCGCUCUGCGCCGUCUGAACGACGCGCUGGAUCGCUACCAUGUUGUUGGCCCCCGUACCAACCUCUCUUUCCUCCGCCGCCUGGCGUCGCACCCUGCCUUUGCUGGGGCCGAGUUGGAGACCGGCUUCAUCGACCUCCACCGCGAUAGCCUCUUCCCUGAGGGUACCACCAGCGACUCGCCUGGGCCCAUCUCCCUCGAGUCCGUUGUGCAGGCCACGCUCCAUCUCCUGCUGGAGGAGAACAAGCAGACCGCUGCCUCCGCGUCUAGCUCUCAGUUCCCUGCUUCGCCCACUUGGUCCAGCGGCGCCUUCCAGACCAACCUCCUGACCAGCCGCGUGUUCAACUUCAAUGUCCCGACCGCGGCCGGCGCCGCGUCCACCGACCCCGCGUCCAAGAUCGCCGUCACUGUCACCUACCAGGCCGAUGGUAGCUACCGCAUGGAGGUGGUUGGCGAGCGGCUGGCCUCGGCUGGCACCGCAGCCGGCACCGCGGCCGACCCCAUCAUCCUGGAGAAUGUCCGUGGGUCUCGCAUUCCGGCCCAUGGGAAUGAGGUUGGCGGCAGUGUUGCCCCCGGGGGGACCGCCGGCGAGCUGGUCACCGACCUGCUCCAGAGCGAGUGGGCCCAGCACCUGGGCACCGCGCGCGUGGUGGCCCGCCAGCUGGGCGACGAGUCGCAGUCCAUCCAGCCGGAGCGCGAGCUGCACAUCCUGCGCGCGCGCGACAGCGCCCGCCAUGUUCUCCGUCUGGAUGUGCCGAAGUUCGUGUCCAAGCUUGAGGAGGGUGCCGAUGGUGCCUCCGGUGCCGGUGGCUUCGGCUCGGUCCUGGCUCCGAUGCCCUGCAAGGUGACCAAUGUCUCGGUGGCUGCCGGGGACAUUGUCUCCCGCGGCCAGACCCUCAUGGUGGUGGAGGCCAUGAAGAUGGAGCACGUCGUUCGUAGCCCGUCCGACGCUCGCGUUGCCCGUGUCGUGCAUGCCGUUGGCGACCUGGUUGGCGAGCGCCGUCCUCUGGUUGUCCUCGAGCCCAUUGAGGGCGAGGAGGAGAAGUAAACACCUGUUCCUCUUCUUUGCUCGCCGCCGGGUUACCCCGGCCUCCACACUUGCCGUGCUGCCCGAUGCUUAUUGCUCUCUCUUUCUCUCUCUAUCUCUCUCUCAUGUGGGGAUGUUUCGCCAUUCCCCCUGCCCUGCAGGCGGAGAAGGGAAUCGCACAAACACACACAUAUAUGCCCGCUUGCCUGUUCGGGGGGAGAGAGAGGGAGAGAGAAGGAGACGGCGACGCAACAGCACGCAUGCUUGCGCGCAUCGAAGUACCGCUGCCGAGAGUUUCCACCCUCCUUCCCCCCUCUCUCUCGCGUGGUCCACUGUGCAGUGGCUCCGGCACCAUGUCCCCGCCCUGCGCGUGGAAAUGCAUGCAUACAGCGAACAAUAAAGUCAAAUUGGAUCACAACAG